AUGUUAGAGGCUGAAAUAGGAGAAUAUAAGAAAGAAAACAAUGAGUUUAAGUGUGGUGAAGAGGAAGACAUGGGGGACAUAGUGAUCCUCAAAGAUGACUGUAAAGAGAAUGAGAAGAAUAAACCGGAGAACAAUGAUUCAAGUUGCAGAACCACAACCAGUGGUGAAGAUAUUACAGGACAGGCAUCUAUGAGACAAACAUCUGCACAAGAGGACAGAGCACCAGCCUGGGUUCCGCAUGUCAUUAGCACCCUGAUUAAAGAUGUCUACCAUUAUGUAGGGCAGGACAUCAUCAUUUAUGAAUCCAUAGAUACCUAUGGAGCAGUAAUGUGGCCAGCGGCACUGGCUCUGUGCUUCUUCCUGGACAACAACAGAGAGACGAUGAACCUGCAGGGGAAGACAGUGCUGGAGCUGGGAGCAGGAACAGGACUGGUAGCGAUUGUGGCCAGUUUGCUGGGAGCUUCAGUCACAGCCACAGACUUACCGGUGGUGUUAAGUAACCUUAGGGCUAAUUUGAUGAGGAACACCCGGAGGCGCUGCAGACACAUGCCCCAGGUGGCACCUCUGUCCUGGAGCUUUGACCUGGAUUGCACCUACCCUACAUCCAUCUAUCGGUACGACUAUGUGCUGGCAAGUGACGUGGUCUACCAUCACGACUUCUUAGACGAGCUCCUGGCCACCAUGAAACAUUUCUGUAAGCCAGGAACGAUUUUGAUCUGGGCCAACAAGGUCAGGCUUGAGUCUGAUCUGACUUUCAUUGAGAAGUUUAAAAAGGCCUUUCACACAAGUUUGCUGUCUGAUGAUGGAGACAUGAAGAUCUUCAUGGCAACCUGCAGAGGGUGAAAGAGAUUUCCGAUGUGAGUUUUAACAUUUCUAGUUUAAAAGUCAAAAGGCCUCUGUCAGAGGGGUCACUCAUCCUGGGUUUGAGAAAUUACUGUUCUACUUAUCAGUAGCUGACUAGUAUGGGAUGACACACCAACAUCCUCUGUAGUGGGUGAUAUGCAACUACACAAUCAAAAUCCAUGCACAUACUGUACAAGAA